CACCUGAGUACUUUUCAUCACCUCAGUUUCAUCCAGACAUACUCCCUUCAUAUCUUGGUGCGAACAGCUGUGAAAAUGGAGGUUUCUGAGCCGCCUGCCAAACGUCGCAAAGUCACUCCGAAUGCAAGCCACAAGCCAAUCAUCAGGGCCAGCCUUGUCCGCACUCAGCAGAAUGACUCUUCCCUACCCGCCUACACCUAUCGAGCUCUCAAGAAAGAAGACGAGAUACGCAUAUUCAAAGUCGAAAAAAUAGAGCCGAAUGAGUGGCAAUACGACAUCGAACAUACAACAUUGACCGAUGCACCACCCUUCGAAACCGUCUCGUAUGUCUGGGGAUCGGAUACGCGCCGCAACAUCCUACGUCUGCGAGAUGAUCGGACGAUACGCAUCAACGACAACCUUGCCAAAGCCCUUCCUUAUGUCUCGGCGGAAUGCAAGACUGGAUAUCUGUGGAUCGACCAAAUCAACAUCAAUCAGUUUAGUACACGAGAGCGCAAUCAUCAAGUCAAGAUGAUGGGUGAUAUCUACAAGAAGGGCGAAAGAGUCAUUGCUUGGUUAGGUACGGGGGAGAAAUCCAGCAGAAAGUUCCUUACUCUCAUCGAGGUAGCGCAGACCUCACUCGAAGCCAGAGAAACCCUCCCUCUCACCAAAGCCAAGAUUGAGGAAUACCUCUUGAAAUGUCGUUUGAGUGUUUUGUUUACACUUUCAAGGCUUCUCCAGAGCGCCUGGUUCUCCCGCGCGUGGGUCUUUCAGGAAAUCGUGCUCUCUAAGCACGCAACGUUUCUCUUUGGAGACAUUAAUCUACCUUUCUUGGCGCUUGUGUGGAUAUCAAAAGUAUUUGCUACGUCAAAUAUCCCUGAUGUUGCACGAAUUCGACGGACAAAAUCUACUGAGCCGGUCCAAGGCUCAUCCAGACCGACCUUGCAUCAUCAAGUCGCUUCGAUACGUGCCUGCAACACUCUUUCUAUGAUGCAUGUCAGCUGGGCCGCCAUAUCUUAUGCUCUCGAUGACGUGUUAGUUCCUUUCAUCUCGGUGCUUUCGAAAGUAUCUCCAGUUUUGCAAACUACAGACUGUAAAGACUCUGUGUACGCAUUUGCAGGCUUGCAUGCUUUCAAUAAGAACUACGACAUACCCAUCGAAAUAGAUUACGAUUCUACAUACGAACAAGCCCUCAUAAACACUGCGAUCUCGAUCAUUCGGAACAUGCGUAAUUUAAACAUUCUUUCGUAUUGCGAACGGGAAAGAAGCCAUACACAGCCAUCGAUGCGAUUACCUUCAUGGGUCCCGGAAUGGAGAGCUCCAAUUGCGGCACCCCUACUCGUGACUGCAAAGGGAGGCUAUGUCAAUUGUUACAUGCGACAUAAUUGGGUUGGAUCUUCAGAUCCCUUUGAACUACGCGUGAGGGGUAUUUGUCUAGACACGAUAAGCGUCUGUUGUGCCCCCGAAUUCCGGUUCCGGACCGACAGGUGGUAUAGUGAAAACCUCAAAGACUACUUGGCUUUCGAAAAACGACUGGAUUGGAUAAAUGAGCAUGUUUCAUGCUCCCGCGAGCGGCUUCUGGGAGCUCUCAUGACAAUGGCGUAUACCCCUGAUAUCCGAUCCAAGGACUACUACGACAAUAGGUCUGGCUACACCAUCAAGGAUUUGCUGGAUGCUUAUGAAGAACAUGUAUUCAAAGGCAAAACCUCCCAUCCCAUAGAGGAAAGUCACAAACUCCAUGCGUUACGUUAUCGUACCUAUCUUGUGAACAACAGACAGCUCUUCUUGACGGAGAAUGGGCAUAUAGGCCAUGUCAAGCAGCCUUCCGGUGGCGAUAUCAUCUGUACUUUGAAGGGAUACUCACAUGUUGUUGCUUUAAGACCUUGUGGAAACAAUCGCUUCACUGUGGUCGGAACUUGUCACGUGGAGAGAAAGCUGUUGGGCAUGAAGGAUCCAUCUGUCGGGGUUGACCGGUAUCUAGAAUCAUUUUGGACAAAACACAAGGGCGAAGAGUUCAUCUUGGUAUAGUAUCCAAACAAGUGAAGGCGACUACUGCUUACACCAACGCAUUCUGUACCGAAUUCUACGAACGUAUAAUUGCACUAUCUUUCGUUCGAUGGGCGGACUGGUCACGCAUAUAUGUACUGCUCUGGGGUGAUGGGCGCCCAAUACAUCAGCUGACGGCCAUUUCUAAAUUACCAAGUCUAUUACUCUAUUGAAGUCAUUACAUUAAUCUCAAUCCACCCACUUCGUACAAUAUAUCAUUUCCGUCUCAUCAAUCGUACAUCAAAACCAUCUAGUAGUAGGUG